AUGGCUUUUACCCAAUCUAAGGUUGACUACUCUUUGUUUACUAGAGGACAUGACGAUACUUUUGUGGCCUUAUUAGUUUACGUUGAUGAUAUUAUCUUAACUGGACCUUCACAUACUGUUCUUAAUUUUGUCAAGACUAUCUUGAAGUCACAUUUUCAGUUGAAAGACUUGGGUUCAGUUAAAUAUUUCUUAGGCUUGGAAAUAUUUCGUUCAUCUCGUGGUAUUUCUUUAUCUCAGCGCAAGUAUUGUCUUCAAAUUUUGGAAGACACUAGUUUUCUUGGUGCUAGACCUGCUGUGUUUCCCAUGGAUCCGAAUCUUCGGUUAUCUAAAUAUGAUGGUGAACCAUUAUCUGAUAAGGAUGCUAAUGCUUAUCGGCGUUUACUUGACCAUAUCUUAAGUCCUGGUCAAGGCGUUUUGUUACACAAGACUUCUUCUUUUGGGCUUCAAGCUUUUGUUGAUGCUGAUUGGGGUUCAUGUGUUGGUACACGUCGAUCUGUUACUGGUUUUUGUGUUUUCUUUGAUGACUCAUUGAUCUCAUGGAAGUCUAAGAAACAGGCCACUGUCUCUCGUUCUUCUACAGAGGCUGAAUAUCGAGCUUUGGUUGCUGUCACCAGUGAACUUAUAUGGAUUCAGCAGUUACUUCAUGAUUUUUCUGUGCCACUUUCUUCACCUGCUUUUGUUUAUUGUGAUAAUCAUGCUGCUGUUUCCAUUGCUUCUAACCCCACUUUUCACGAACCCAAACAUAUUGAGAUUGACUACCAUUUUGUUCGUGAUAAAGUUUCUGAUGGUUUUUUGAAGCUUCUAUUGAUUCGUUCGAGCUCUCAAUUAGCUGACAUGUUUACAAAAGUUCUUCCUUCUUCCACCUUGAAGUUUCUUAUGCCCAAGAUGGGUGUUAUUGAUCUUUACACUCUAUCUUGA